GAUCCACAGAAAGGUAUUAAAAAAGAAAGUUGAUAUAUAAUCUUUCCUCUAAAAAGAUUAAUCGCUCAUUAGAUUUGUUCUGAAAGUUUCAACCAAAAUGAACAUGUCUUUUGAAAUAUGUUGAAUUUUCAAAUGUACUUUAUUACCGUAUUCCUUUUGUGAUAGAUGAUACCAUUUGAAAAAUUGAUAUAUCGAAAAAGAUACGUUUCUGUGGGCUAAAACUUUCACAGCAAUAUUCUUUUGGAAAAAUCGGACUUAAACGAUCAUCACUCAUCAACUUUGAACAUAAAUCGUGCUUUAGAAUUUUCUUAGUUUCUAUAAAAAUUAGUCUUACUGAGAGAAAUUGAAAACCGCUAGUCAUCAGUAUAUGCUAUCAGAUGAUAUUGGCCAAUGUUUAUUGCAACAAAGUAUAUAUGAGUUAUCAUUUACUGAGAAUUUUCGAAGUGAAACUGAUGAAAAAUUCAGUAUCGACUCAAUAUCCUUAUCUUACUUCUAAGAUCACGUUUCUAUCGAAAAAUGCCACAUAUGAGAGUUAUGUUAGGAGUCCAAUGUGAUCAAGUUUUGUUGUCACAGUCCCUCUUUCUAGUUUAUCGUUAGUCGCAAUCUCUUUUCUUGAACGACAAUUAUUGUGACAAAAGUUAGAUAAAGUAAAAAACAAAUAAAAAUGAGGAGACUAAUAAUCAAGAAGAAGCAUACUAAUGCUCUUAGUUUAUUUUAAUUUAUUCAAUAAAAUAAUCACAUAUAUGUGUCUUUUCGUGUAACUAUUCAUAACAAAGUAUGAACUUUUAUUAUAAUUGUGUCGCAGAAGAAACUGGUAUCCAGGAAACUAAGAUUUAACUGAAAGAAAUUAAAAUUUCACUUCAUCCUCGAUCUCAAUUCUAAUUUGUCUUCGAAAAAUUUUCAAAAUUUUCAGUAUUCUAAUUUUUUUUGUCAUUAUUAUUUUGAUUCCGAAAACCUAAUGUAGUUAACACAAACACAGGACAUGUGAUUAUCUUAGUACAAAUAACUAACCGUGAUCAUGACAACUGUGAGGUACGUUGAAUAUUAGUCAUGUUGACGAAAAUAAGUCGAUUUUUUAAAAUCAAUUUAGUUCCUAUAGUUCAAUGAACUCAAUCUCAUCAAGAGAAUAUCAAAAUAAAGAUAUUCAAUAAAAGAAGCACUUUCUUAUGUAGAACUUGUUUGCAUUUUCUAAGAUGAAUUCCAUGUAUAUAGAACAUGUAUAGUUAUCAAAAGGUGUAUUUUAAAAGAUCAGACUGCAUUUUAUAUUGAGAUGAAAUACAUUAAUCAAAUACUCUCUUUUAUGUUAUUUCAAUUAUGUCCUUCUUUUUCAGAAACUUCAUCUAAUAUUUUUAUUCCUAUUUUAUUUAGUUGAAACUGAUCUUCAAUUUGAUAUGUUAAAAGAAAUGUUAUCGACAAUGCAUCGACUAAAAUAUUUGACAUUAAUAUUGACCAAGUCAUUGACAACGGAUAAUAAUAUAUUGAGUGGAAUUCAAUGGAAAUCAUUUCUAAGAACAUUGCUCAUUUUCUUAAAAAGAUUUAAUUUUAAAUUUUCUAUUCAAACAACAUCCGAACAAGACAUUUAUUAUCUUUUGAAUACAUUUAAAUCAAAAUGGUGGAUAACAGAAAAACGAUGUUUUGUCGAAUAUGAUACUCAUGAAAAUACUCUCAUUAUUCUACCUUAUUUUGCUUCAAAAACUUUAGAUAAUCGUCAUUUAUAUUCAUUUGAUUUAAUUCAAAAUUCUAAAAUAUUUUAUUCAAAUAUCAAUUAUUUAAGUAUUGAUUUACAUAAGUACAAUAAGAUCGAACAAAUAUUAGUGUCUCAACCUGGAUAUUUAACAAGAGAUGUUUGUGAUGCAAUUCGAAAUAAUGUUGAUCUGAAUAUGAUUCAACAUUUUGAGUUUUCAUCAACUGUCAGCACCACUGAAGCUUUUAUUGAAUUGAUUGAAAAUAUGACUAAUCUUUCUUCUAUUCAUAUUCAAUACUUCCAUAGUCUUGUUCUAUUUAAUCAAGUUUCAUCACCAAUUUUUUCUAUUCGACAUCUUGUUUUAUUCGAUUAUGAACCAACAGCAAGAAAACGACUUUUCUAUCGUUUAUGUCGAAUCUUUCCACGUUUAACCCAUUUGACAACACACUAUCAUUCACGAAGAAGACUUUGUUAUUUAUUAAAUGAACUUGUUCAUCUUGAACAACUCAUUUUGCGUUUAGCUCAAGAUCAAUAUGCUCCAAAUUAUUCUUGGAUCAAGCAACAUAGUCGACUACGAAUGAAUCCAUUUAAAAUGAGAGUAUUUAAUAUUGCUUAUAGAGAAAGAAAACGGGUUUUGUUGAUCAAUACCAAUAAUAAUAUGAAACAUCAACGUCAUCGUCAACCUUAUACAUUAAACAAAUGUCGUAUUCAAUAA